UGUUUAGGGAUUAGGGCACAACAAUUGACGGCGAGAAACCAAAUCGGGGAGGAGAAAGAGCACUCACCAGUCACUACUCUCCUCGCCGCCGUCAGUUUCGUCUCACUCGCCGAGAACGAGCAGAUAAUCUGAACUGAAUUCCGAUCGAUUGCGUUGUUUUGAAUCGGAAAAUGCCGUCUGAGGGUGUGAAGACUGUGAAGAAGGAGGAGGUCGGAGAAGACGAAGCUGACGAGAAGUGCUUGAGCUCCCUUAUCAGGAAGAAACCUGCCAGCGGCAACAAUGCCGGAUCGGCGAUGGCGGCGGCGAGGAAAGUAAAGAAAGAAGAAUAUGAUGAAGAUGAUGACAAACCCAUUAGGUCUUCGCUUUCUGGAUCCCGCACAAAACCAGCGAAGAAGGAGGAGAACGUUGAAGACGACGAUAAUAAGCCCAUAUCAAGGAGGAACUCCUCUGCUGCUGCCGAGAAGGAGAAAGAGUUGAAGAAGAGGAAAAUAAAGAAGGAAGAAGAGGGCAAGAAGAGAGCUGCAGCAACACAGGGAGAGGUGAAAAAGAGGGAGAAGAAAAUGUAUGAUUUGCCUGGUCAGAAGAGAGACCAGCCUGAAGAGAGAGAUCCGUUGAGAAUUUUCUACGAGUCGCUCUACAAGCAGAUUCCUACGAGCGAAAUGGCACAGAUCUGGAUGAUGGAGUCUGGGUUGCUGCCGGUAGUAGAAGCAAGGAAAGUGUUGGAGAAGAAACAGAUGAAGGGUGGGAAGUUCGCUUCUCCAGCAAAACCAACUUCAUCCACUCCCAGAAGGGUCACGAAACCCGCAACUGUCGGGAAACUGCCCCGGGCAGAUUCUUCGGGGAAAAAGAAAGGGAACGACGGGAAAGCAACUGCUACGAAGCGGAAGAUCCGAGGUGAUGAUGAUUCAGAUGAUGAUUUCCUGGUUAGCAGAGCAUCUAAGAAACCAAGAGCCAAGUAGUCUUUUGCCCAAAACAGCAUCUCUCUAUUUGGUAAUGAUUCUGAAUCUGAAUUGUCCCCAUUGUAUUCUUAAGAACUAAUUAAGAAUUGAUUCAGAAGUGAGAUCUAAAGACUUGCACUUAAUGUCGUAGGUUUGGUCUCUCA